AUGUCUUCUCUUAGCGAUUUCUCCUCUCUAUUGUUUGACAUUUCUCAAGCAUUGCUCUUCCACGAUAAUUCGUUUGAAUUAUUACAAACAAAUCCCAACAACAACAACACUUCCAAUAACAACAACGUGACUCAUGCCUCUCUUUCCAAACUCUUCCCCAACUCUACCGAAAAUAUUUCCUCCAUUGUCAAUUCUUGUUUUUUCAUUGUUGUUUUUUCCAUUCUUCUUGUUGUCAUUGGUUAUGUCAUGUAUAAGGCAAGAGCGACCAUUAAGAGAAAUCACAAAAUUCUCUUCUUCUUGCUUUCGGUAUUCAUUUUGGUUCAAUAUUUUGGGCUGGUAUUUAGAUUGGUGUAUAAUGGAACUGGAUUGAGAGUGAAUCAAUUUGAGGAUUUGACUCGUGUGGAGAAUUUGAAUUCCUAUCAAGUGGUCAUGUGGGUAUUUUCAGUGAUGGAAAAUGUUUUGGUCUUUUCACAAAUGGCGACUAUCUUGGUGAUUAUGAGUUUUAUCAUGGCCGUAUUCUUAAAAACUGUCAAGAUGGCUGGAGCAAUGUCCUUCAAGACGUAUAAUAUUUUGUUUUGGACUGUCUCUGUCAUUACAGCCAUCGCAGCCACCAUUUUCUUUGCUCUUGUCAUUGUAAAUGGAAUUAUCAAUUUACUUCUCAAAAUGAGAAUUCUCAGAGUGGAUCCAACUCCAAUUUACAUUGUUCUCUUUCUCAUCUAUGUCAGUGUCAUGAUGUUAGAAACUAUCCUAUUUGUAUCCAUUGGAGCUCGAUUACUACAUGUGGUUCGAAAACGAUCUCAAAAUGUGUCACAUGCCAAAACCAAUCAAUCCACCAAUUUGGCUCAAUCACUACAAAGACCUUACAUCAAAAUUGUUGGACUUGUCAUUGGAAUGGUCUUGAGUGCUUUCAUCCAGAUUUUGGCAGCUAUCGUUUCCAUCUUCACUUCUUUAUAUGUUAGUUAUUUGCAUAUUAUUGAUUACUUUUUACAAUGUUUUGGAGUGUUGGUGUUUGCCAUUUUCGUCUUGUUGUUGUACAAUCCUUUGAUUCUACAAAUGGAAGAAAAGGAUGAAAAACGAAUGGAGGCUCAAGAAAUGAAGGGAAAGGAAAUUCAUCUAGAACAGAAUCAAACAAAAGUGUAA